UCAAACUUAUCUCUCAAAAGUGCAUCAGUUCGGUCGCGAAUCGGCUGUUGUUUUUUAAGCUCUAUAAUAUUUUCCUAAUUUCACCGGUAAAAUCGUUCCAAAAUGCCGUACGCUAACCAGCCAUCGGUAACCAUCACCGAGCUGACCGACGAGAAUGUGAAAUUCGUCGUUGAGGACACGGAAUUGAGCGUCACCAACAGCCUCCGGCGGGUUUUUAUCGCGGAAACGCCAACGCUGGCCAUCGAUUGGGUGCAGCUGGAGUCCAACACGACGGUGCUGGCGGACGAGUUUCUGGCCCACCGGGUGGGGCUGAUUCCGUUGAUUUCCGACGAGGUCGUCGAGCGGAUGCAGUACAGUCGAGAUUGCACCUGCCUGGACUUUUGCACGGAAUGCAGCGUCGAGUUCACGCUGGACGUAAAGUGUAACGACGAGCACACGCGUCACGUUACGACGGCGGAUUUGAAGUCGAGUGACCCGCGGGUGUUGCCGGUCACGUCGAGGCAUCGGGAAGACGAGGACAACGAGUACGGCGAAGGGACGGACGAAAUCCUGAUCAUCAAGCUACGUAAGGGCCAGGAGCUGAAGCUGCGAGCGUACGCCAAGAAGGGCUUCGGCAAGGAACACGCCAAGUGGAACCCGACCUGCGGCGUUUGCUUCGAGUACGAUCCGGACAACUCGAUGCGGCACACGUUGUUCCCGAAGCCGGACGAGUGGCCCAAGUCCGAGCACACCGAGCUGGAGGACGACAAGUACGAGGCGGACUUUAACUGGGAGAUUAAGCCGAACAAGUUUUUCUUCAACGUGGAAUCGUCCGGAGCGUUGAAGCCGGAGAAUAUCGUGAUGAUGGGCGUGCAGGUGCUGAAGAACAAGCUGUCCAAUCUGCAGACCCAGCUGAGCCACGAGACGCAGAGUGAUGCGCUGGCGAUUUGAAGUUUUGUGAGUGGGUUUGAAUUCGUGGCGGAAAUGUUCAUUGUGAAGGAGUUGAUUUGACCUGAUAAAGCGAGUAUUUAAGUGUAAGGC